AUGGGAGGCAGGACCACCUGUCUGCUCCUGGCUCUGUUUCUUCUCAUCAUCCCAGGCUCAUCUGCCAUCUCGGGUCCCAGAGCAGUGAGAGGUGUGGAGCAGGGCUCACUGACUGUGCGGUGUCGAUACAACCCUGGGUGGGAGCCCUACGUGAAGUGGUGGUGCCGGGGGGCUGACCAGAGCAGCUGUCGGUUCGUUGUUAAAACGAUCCGUGGAUCAGAGAAGGAGGUGAAGAAGGGCCGCGUGUCCAUCAAGGACAACUGGAAAGACCGCUCGUUCACCGUGACCGUGGAGAAGCUCAGGCUAGAUGAUUCAGACACUUACUGGUGUGGGAUUGAGAGAACUGGACCUGACCUGAUGGACCCAGUAGAAGUGACCAUUGUUCCAGCACCUACAGUGUCGAUCUCCACCCGCGCCACCUCCAAUGCCAACAUGUUCACGGCAUCAGUUGCCCCAGAAGAGAAUCAACGGCAACUGCCCCUGCUGGGCAGCAUCCACUUCCUGCUCCUGGUCUUCCUGAAGGUGCCCCUGCUCCUGGGCAUGCUCGGUGCUGUCCUUUGGGUCAACAAGCCUCUGAGGAGCUCCAGGGGGAAGCCCCAGGAAAACCAGCAGCCCCCAUGCUCUUCAACGUUGUCCAGAGAGAAAGACCCUCAAACAGAAGAAAAAGGCAUUUUUCUCAGGCAAUGA